UGCAGCCUGCGGCGUCGGGGCCGUGGCCUCCGCUUUCCGCGCGCCACUCGCUGGGUCCCUGCGCCCAGGGCGCACGGUGGAGACGGACGCGGCGGCGCCAUGGAUCCGGUACCCUCUGCCCGUGCGGAGCUGCAGUCCCCGCUCCUCGCCAACACCUCGGACGCCUACCCCAGCGCCUUCUCCAGCGCGAGCGGCAACGCGUCGGGGCCGCCGGGCGCUCGGAGCGCCUCAUCCCUCGCCCUAGCCAUCGCCAUCACCGCGCUCUACUCUGCUGUGUGCGCCGUGGGGCUGCUGGGCAACGUGCUUGUCAUGUUUGGCAUCGUCCGGUACACUAAGUUGAAGACGGCCACCAACAUCUACAUCUUCAACCUGGCCUUGGCUGAUGCGCUGGCCACCAGCACGCUGCCCUUCCAGAGCGCCAAGUACCUGAUGGAAACGUGGCCGUUCGGAGAGCUGCUGUGCAAGGCGGUGCUGUCCAUUGACUACUACAACAUGUUCACCAGCAUCUUCACCCUCACCAUGAUGAGCGUGGACCGCUACAUCGCCGUCUGCCACCCGGUCAAGGCCUUGGACUUCCGAACGCCUGCCAAGGCCAAGCUGAUCAACAUCUGCAUCUGGGUCCUGGCUUCAGGUGUUGGGGUUCCCAUCAUGGUCAUGGCAGUGACCCGACCGCGGGAUGGAGCCGUGGUAUGCAUGCUCCAGUUCCCCAGCCCCAGCUGGUACUGGGACACGGUGACCAAGAUCUGCGUGUUCCUCUUCGCCUUCGUGGUGCCGAUCCUCAUCAUCACCGUGUGCUAUGGCCUCAUGCUGCUGCGCCUGCGCAGUGUGCGCCUGCUGUCGGGCUCCAAGGAGAAGGACCGCAGCCUGCGGCGCAUCACACGCAUGGUGCUGGUGGUGGUGGGCGCCUUCGUAGUGUGCUGGGCGCCCAUCCACAUCUUCGUCAUCGUCUGGACGCUGGUGGACAUCAAUCGGCGCGACCCACUCGUGGUGGCCGCGCUGCACCUGUGCAUUGCGCUGGGCUACGCCAACAGCAGCCUCAACCCCGUGCUCUAUGCCUUCCUGGACGAGAACUUCAAGCGCUGCUUCCGCCAGCUUUGUCGCGGGCCCUGCGGCCGCCAAGAACCCGGCAGCCUCCGCCGUGGCCGCCAGACCACCGCGCGUGAGCGCGUCACCGCCUGUACCCCCUCCGAUGGCCCUGGCGGUGGUGCUGCCGCCUGACCUCCCGCUAAGCACCCCACCCAAGUGAAGUGACCUGGCGGCCACACCGAGCCCCCUGGGAGGCCCGGGCCACCAUCUGGGCAGCUGGAAUGGGGCCUGCGCAGAGGGGUGGCCUCCGGCAGGGAGGGGACCUGAGGGAUCCUAGGCUAUGGGGUUGGAGGGGUGGGGGCAGAGCUGGCAACUCCAGAGAGAGAGAGUGACACCUGAGGCUCUAAACUGGAUCCAGUGGAGCAGCGCUUCAAGCCUUGGGACAGCCCCAGGCUCUGGCCUUUUGAACACCCAGUUUCAGUCCAAGACCUGAGGAUUCCAGCUCUAGAAACCAGGAGGGGCAGGAAGGAUGGUGGCAGCGAUCUCUGGGCUUUUGUAUUAUGGGGAGCAGACUCUUUUUAGAGAAGGUGAAGAGACCCAACAGGCAGGCAGUCAGGAAGGGCACUUUAGGGUCAGGAGAUAAACGCACCUCCCGGGGCGGGGCAGAGGUGGGGGCCUCAGUUUGGAGAAGAGAACAGACUCUCACCGCGUUCUAACUAACCGACCGACUAAACUCGCUGAGGCUAGGUCCAAUUUAAUUCUUUAUAUAAAGAAUACAAGCUGGGCUGAUGGGCAGGUAUGUGUAAUCCCAGUGAUGCUGGAGGCGCAGGCUGGAGAGUUAAAGGCCAGCCUGGGCACCUGAGUGUCUUAAAAAUAAAAAGUAAAGAGGGUUGGGGGUGUAGCUCAGUGGCAGGGUGUUUGUGUGAGGUUCUGGGAUCAAUGAGACAAAACAAACAAAAAACCCUCCAAACAACAGCAAAAACAAACAAAAAAUAAACCGUAUGGGUGACUCUGAAUUGAAUAGCAUCCAUGGCCUGGCGACUCCGUGGGGCUGAGGACAGGUCGUGGGGCAGAAGCAGUGGCUCACCGAAUACUGGAGCAAGGCCCCCAGAAUCAAGUUCUAACAGGAUCUUUGAGGCUCAGGAAGGAGCGAGAAGGUUCUGGGACUCCAAAACCCAGCAAGCCUUAGUGUCGAGAAACCGAAGUAAAGCCAGAAGGCGGUUCAGGGCUUAGGUGCACUCGUUAUUCUCACAGAGGACGCAGAUUCAGUUCCCAGCCCCCGCCUGGUGGCUCACAACCAUCUCCAGUCCCAGUAAAUCUGAUGCUCUCUUCUGACCUCUGUGGGCACCAGGCACGAACAUGGUGCACACACAUACAUGCAGGAAAAACACUCAUAGACAUAAAAUAAGUCUUUAAAAAAAAACAUGUGGCCAGGCAGUGGUGAUGCAUGCCUUUAAUACCGGGAUGCUGGGGCAGGUCAGCCUGGUCUACAGAGCUAAUUCCAGGACAACUAGGAUGAAAUGCUGUCUCAAAAUAUCAAGACAAACAAAAACAAAAUGGAGCUGGGCAUGGUGGUGCACGCCUUUAAUCCCAGCACCUUGGAGGUAGAGGCAGGAGGAUCUCUUUGAGUUCGAGUCCAGCUUGAUCUGCAGAGUGAGUUCCUGUCUCAAAAACCAAAUGAAAACAAAAGUGUGUGUUUGUUAGAGGAGACUAGAAAGAGAGGCAGGCUUCUGCUUCCAGGUUAGUCGUGGAGCCUGAGGGUGGAUACUUUUGGAGUUCGCUGGGCCCUAGUGUCUGGAUCAGGACUGGAGCCCAGAGAUGCCCCCUUGUUUGAGCACACCACGUGUGGUACCUUAGCGUGAGUGGGGGUUAUCAGAACUACCAAAUACUUGGACCCUGGAUAAGAACCUGGAAGAAUUCCUUCCCCUUCCUCCCCUGCCCAUCAGAUGUCUGGUGUUAGUGGCUCUCAGGGACUGGAGCUGCCCAAGUAGGAGCCAACUUUGAAAGCACUAAGGUAAGAAGGUUUUUUUUUUCUUAUAGCAAUGACGUCGGCAUGGCCCUUUGUUGCCUCUCCGUUUGCCCCCUGGGUCUCUCCUCUGCCCUCGCUGCCCCCUUCAAGCUGCUGAGGGUGGACAUAGGAACGCAUCCAGGCACUCCUGGAUCCCAGCUCCCCUGGAUAUCAUUGUUUCCCUUGUCCCCCGUGCCUCCCCCACUGCCUGAGCAAUCUGCCUGACUCCGUAUUGAAGCAGCCUGCUGACAUCCCUGUAAAAACAAAUUUAAUUCUCUUCCUUUUUUGGGACAGAUGGAAAGAAAUUGACGCCUUUGUCUCAAACAAAAAAAAAAAAAGGAGAGAGACAAUAUACCUCUUUUCUUCUUGACAGCCAUUUCUUUGGAACAAAAGCUGGAGGCUGUCACUCCAGCAAGGACUGAACCAGCUUCCAGGGAGGCAGGAGCUAGGCAAUCGGGGAAGGCUCCCUCGAUGGACAAAGCACAUCCUUUACUCAGUGGGAAGUUCCUAAAAGCCCAGAACCUUGGGAUCUCCGUACCCGGGAUGCGGUGUAAUGGUCACCACUGACAUCAGGCCGGCUCAGCCACCAUAGCCUGCAACCCAGCCACAUAAAUGACCUUUGCCACCCAAAUGGACCAGAGAUUCUGUUUGAGUGUGGUGGUGGUGAGGUGGUCACCACGCAAAAGACGACACUCGCUACUGGAGAAUAGCAAGGGAAGGGGACAAAUACACAGGGGCAGACUCCAGAAGCAGGUGACACAGGAGUAAGGGCUGUGUGUCUUCCUUGCAAGGACUCUAGCGUUGUGUCCCACCCAGGGCAGGCUGUAAAGCUGCUUUAGUUCCCUCAUUGUUCUUGCCUGUGGAAAUGAGAACUCAAUUUAUCUGUCUGUCUGUCUGUCUGUCUGUCUGUCAGUAUGUAUGUAUGUAUGUAUAUAUGUCUGUAUGUCUGUCUGUUUGUGGCCCAGGCUGGUCUUGGACUCCUGAUCUCCCAGCUGGAGCCUCCAGAGUGUAGGUUUUAAAGUUGUUUAAGCAUUGAUUGAUUGAUUGAUUGUGUCUCUGUGGGGGCAUUGCUCCUGCCACAGCGCACAUGUGGAGGUCAGAGGACAGUUUGGGAGAGGUCAUUCUCUCUACCACGUGGGUUUCUAGGAAUUUGAACUCAAGUCAUGAGGCUUGCCAGCAAGGACCUUUAUCCACUGAGCCCAAUUUAAUUUUUUUCUUUUUAUUAUUUGUUUGCAUAUGCGUGUGUUUGUGCGUGUACACACUGGCAAGCUGUGGCACCUCCCAAGUGUUUAGAUUAUAGGCAUGCAUUACCACAUCCAACAAGAUCUGGCUGCUUUUUCCCCCUUUCUGGUACUAACAGACAUUUGUUCUGGAAUCAGCUGAGGCUGGCCCAGACCAUGUGUGGUCAAGGUAAUGUAAGCACACUGAAGUCUUCCUUCACUGGGCACUCUGGGCACUGAGACUCAGAAAUAGUCAGCCAUGCCUCUUCUCUCUGAGAGCUCCAGCCAGUGCUGGGAGGCGAAUCACUCGCAGGGGAUUGCAUGCUUGUGUGACAAGUAGUGGCAACCCCAGAAGGGUGUUCCAGGGAAGUGCCUGUUUAACUAAACACGUUUGCAGCAAUUCUCUAAAAGGUGGCAAAGGGCCAGGGGGUUUUAAAGGAUGCAUAGGAAUUGGCUACCAAGAAGGCAGACAGUGGGGGAAGCAUGGGUAGGUCCACAAGCAUGGCA